UGGAGACAGACAAGGCAAGUGCUUUGUCUCUCUGCUUUCCUGUCGCUGCCGCUCGCUCGCGCCGAGCCCAUCCGCUACUCCGUAGCCGAGGAGGCGGAAAGCGGCUCCCUGGUGGGCAAGCUGGCGGAGGAUGCGGGGCUGACGCCGGCGCAGCUCUCGGCUCGCCGCGCCCGCCUGGUCUCGGAGGACGGCCGGCAGCAUUUUCGCUUCGAGCGCGCCUCCGGCCGCCUCGUCGUGGCGGGGAGGCUGGACCGGGAGGAGCUGUGCGGCCAGUCCGCCACCUGCAUGCUCCCCUUCGAGCUGCUGCUCUCCAGCCCCCUGCAGUUCUUUCGGGUCGAGGUUGCUCUCGAGGACAUCAAUGAUCAUUCACCUAUUUUCCGUGACGAUCGUGUCAGUUUUAGGAUCCCUGAAAAGAGCGACCCGGGCUCUCGUUUCCCUUUGGAUGUUGCUCGAGAUCUCGAUAUUGGCAGCAACACAGUUCAGGCGUACAGCAUCUCUCCAGAGAAUGAAUAUUUCACUGUCUCCUAUGGGACUGGGAUUACUGGCAAGAAGUAUCUUGAACUUGUUUUAGAAAAGCCACUAGACAGAGAGGAGCAGGAAGAGGUCAGUUUCAGUGUUAUUGCCAUGGAUGGGGGCUCUCCUCCCAGGACUGGUACCACCGAAGUGAAAAUAGUCAUUCUGGAUGUAAAUGACAAUGCUCCCAUAUUCUCGCAGGAGGUAUACACAAAGCAGGUUCUGGAGAACAUGCCAGAAGGCUCUGUGGUUCUGACUGUGCUGGCAACUGAUCCAGAUGCAGGUGUUAAUGGGGACAUCUCCUAUCAACUCAAUGAAAUGGUUGGUCACAGUGAGUCAGCAUUUCUGAUUGAUCCCAUAACCGGUGAAAUUAAACUCACAAAACCUCUGGACUUUGAGGAAGCUGACACUCAUGAGCUCAGUGUGAGGGCCACAGAUGGAGGGGGCCUGUCAGCAAUCUGCAAAGUGUUGGUGGAGGUGGUGGAUGUGAAUGACAACGCCCCAGAGCUGGUGGUCAGUUCCUUCAGCAGUCCCCUCCCUGAGAACACAGUGCCCGGCACGGUGGUUGCCCUGUUUACGGUCAGGGACCGGGAUUCUGGUGCCAACGGGAAGAUCUCCUGUGCCCUGGAGGAUCAGCUCUCCUUCUCCCUGCGGCCAGCCUAUAAGAAUUACUAUGAGCUGGUGACAGUGAGCGCGCUGGACCGCGAGGAGACGCCUCAGUACAUCCUCAGUGUCACGGCAGCAGAUGCGGGCUCGCCUCCUCUCACCAGCACGCAGACCUUCACCGUGGACAUCUCGGAUGUCAAUGACAACGCGCCCGUCUUCAACCAGACCUCCUACAGCAUGUACGUGCGUGAGAACAGCGUGCCCACGGUGUUUGUGGGAGCCGUGAGCGCUGCAGACGCUGACGUGGGGCUCAAUGCCAAGGUGACCUAUUCCCUGGCCCCAGAGCAAGGGGCAGGGCGGGCCUGGUGCUCCUGCAUCUCUGUGGACUCGGAGAAGGGACACGUGUUUGUGCUGCGGCCCCUGGACUACGAGCACUUGAGGCAGACCGAGGUGACGGUCAGUGCCUCUGACGCGGGCUCUCCUCCCCUGAGAGCCAACGUCAGCGUGCGCCUGGUCGUGCUGGACGAGAACGACAACGCCCCGCUCGUGCUCUACCCAGCCCAGGACGGCAGCCCGGCCUCCAGUGAGCUGGUGCCCGUGUCGGCCGAGGCGGGCUACCUCAUCAGCAAAGUGGUGGCCGUCGAUGCCGACUCGGGGCAGAACUCCUGGCUCUCGUACCACCUGCUGAGGGCCAGCGACCCAGGGCUGUUUUCCGUGGGCCUCCAAAGCGGGGAGGUGCGUCUGAGGAGGCCGGUGACAGAGAGAGACAGCGUGAAGCAGAAGCUCGUUGUCCUGGUCAGAGACAACGGCAAGCCCCCGCUGUCAGCCACGGCAGCUCUGAGCGCUCUGCUGCUCAAGGACUUCUCAGACGUGCGCCUGCCGCACAGCAGCCCGGCCACCGAGGAUCAGGGCGGCUCCCUGACCACCUACUUGAUCAUUUCCCUGGUCUUUGUCUCACUGCUCUUCCUCAUCUCCACCGCAGUCUUGGUCGCUCGCAAGGCGUGCAGGAGGAAGGAGCUGAAGGCUGGCCCUGUGCUUUAUGCUGCCGACACCUUGCAGAGCGGCCUGGCCGAUGCAGCCGCUGCAGGGACCCUGCCCCGCGCCUAUUGCUACGAGAUCAGCCUGACCACGGGCUCGGGCAACAGCGAGUUCAAAUUCCUCAAGCCCAUCCUGCCCAGCCUGCCCCCUCAGCACUGCGCCGUGGGCCAGGGCAACCGUGAAAGCUCGGCUCGCCGCGCCCGCCUGGUCUCGGAGGACGGCCGGCAGCAUUUUCGCUUCGAGCGCGCCUCCGGCCGCCUCGUCGUGGCGGGGGGGGUGGACCGGGAGGAGCUGUGCGGCCAGUCCGCCACCUGCAUGCUCCCCUUCGAGCUGCUGCUCUCCAGCCCCCUGCAGUUCUUUCGGGUCGAGGUGGCUCUCGAGGACAUCAAUGACCAUUCACCCGUCUUCCCCAAGGAUCGAGUCACUUUUGAUAUCCCUGAAACAAGCGAAUCGGGAUCACAUUUCCUGCUGGAGGAGGCUCAAGAUCUCGAUAGUGGCAUCAACACGUCCUGGGCGUACAGCAUCUCUCCAGAGAAUGAAUAUUUCACUGUCUCCUAUGGGACUGGGAUUACUGGCAAGAAGUAUCUUGAACUUGUUUUAGAAAAGCCACUAGACAGAGAGGAGCAGGAAGAGGUCAGUUUCAGUGUUAUUGCCAUGGAUGGGGGCUCUCCUCCCAGGACUGGUACCACCGAAGUGAAAAUAGUCAUUCUGGAUGUAAAUGACAAUGCUCCCAUAUUCUCGCAGGAGGUAUACACAAAGCAGGUUCUGGAGAACAUGCCAGAAGGCUCUGUGGUUCUGACUGUGCUGGCAACUGAUCCAGAUGCAGGUGUUAAUGGGGACAUCUCCUAUCAACUCAAUGAAAUGGUUGGUCACAGUGAGUCAGCAUUUCUGAUUGAUCCCAUAACCGGUGAAAUUAAACUCACAAAACCUCUGGACUUUGAGGAAGCUGACACUCAUGAGCUCAGUGUGAGGGCCACAGAUGGAGGGGGCCUGUCAGCAAUCUGCAAAGUGUUGGUGGAGGUGGUGGAUGUGAAUGACAACGCCCCAGAGCUGGUGGUCAGUUCCUUCAGCAGUCCCCUCCCUGAGAACACAGUGCCCGGCACGGUGGUUGCCCUGUUUACGGUCAGGGACCGGGAUUCUGGUGCCAACGGGAAGAUCUCCUGUGCCCUGGAGGAUCAGCUCUCCUUCUCCCUGCGGCCAGCCUAUAAGAAUUACUAUGAGCUGGUGACAGUGAGCGCGCUGGACCGCGAGGAGACGCCUCAGUACAUCCUCAGUGUCACGGCAGCAGAUGCGGGCUCGCCUCCUCUCACCAGCACGCAGACCUUCACCGUGGACAUCUCGGAUGUCAAUGACAACGCGCCCGUCUUCAACCAGACCUCCUACAGCAUGUACGUGCGUGAGAACAGCGUGCCCACGGUGUUUGUGGGAGCCGUGAGCGCUGCAGACGCUGACGUGGGGCUCAAUGCCAAGGUGACCUAUUCCCUGGCCCCAGAGCAAGGGGCAGGGCGGGCCUGGUGCUCCUGCAUCUCUGUGGACUCGGAGAAGGGACACGUGUUUGUGCUGCGGCCCCUGGACUACGAGCACUUGAGGCAGACCGAGGUGACGGUCAGUGCCUCUGACGCGGGCUCUCCUCCCCUGAGAGCCAACGUCAGCGUGCGCCUGGUCGUGCUGGACGAGAACGACAACGCCCCGCUCGUGCUCUACCCAGCCCAGGACGGCAGCCCGGCCUCCAGUGAGCUGGUGCCCGUGUCGGCCGAGGCGGGCUACCUCAUCAGCAAAGUGGUGGCCGUCGAUGCCGACUCGGGGCAGAACUCCUGGCUCUCGUACCACCUGCUGAGGGCCAGCGACCCAGGGCUGUUUUCCGUGGGCCUCCAAAGCGGGGAGGUGCGUCUGAGGAGGCCGGUGACAGAGAGAGACAGCGUGAAGCAGAAGCUCGUUGUCCUGGUCAGAGACAACGGCAAGCCCCCGCUGUCAGCCACGGCAGCUCUGAGCGCUCUGCUGCUCAAGGACUUCUCAGACGUGCGCCUGCCGCACAGCAGCCCGGCCACCGAGGAUCAGGGCGGCUCCCUGACCACCUACUUGAUCAUUUCCCUGGUCUUUGUCUCACUGCUCUUCCUCAUCUCCACCGCAGUCUUGGUCGCUCGCAAGGCGUGCAGGAGGAAGGAGCUGAAGGCUGGCCCUGUGCUUUAUGCUGCCGACACCUUGCAGA